AGUUUGUUCUGGCCCCAAAGAGUGUCGGAGCCGCCAGCCGGUCCACGUUUUUAAGCCCACGGCCCUCCGAAGACGGCCGCAGAUCCCCACCCGGCAUGGCCCGUGUGUGCCUCGCGGCGGUGCUGGCGUUCGAUGCCAUCCAUGUUGUGUCGGCGAAUGUCUUCCACAGCAUGAUGAAGUCGGUGGUGUGCGACCAGGUGCCGAUCCCUUUCGUCUGCCCGUCGCCGAAGUCUAAGGGCCAGCACGGCUCUGGCGGCUCCAGCGCGUCGUCGGCAAGCUCGGGGUGCUCCGGGGACAGCUGCUGCCCGAGCUCGUCGUGCUACGGCAUGCCGGGAAUGGGCUGCGCUUCAUCGCGCGGGUCUGUCUCGUGCCUCGGGUCCAGCUUCCCCUUCACCCAGGGGCAGUGCCAGUGCACGGGCGGCGCCUCCUGCAGCUCGGGCGUGUGCGCCGGAGGCGCCCCGCGGGGCUCCUCGGGCAUGCUGUCGGGCCUGUCGGACCUGUUCGACGCCGAGGAGGUCGUCCGCGUCCCGCGCGAGGACCACUCCCUCGCCCUGGCGCUCUACACGGGCGGUGCCUGCCUCCUGGCCGCCGUGGGCCUGUCGGCGGGCGUGCGCCAGCAGCGCCGCCGGAGUCUGCCCCGGCUGGAGGGCGGCGACGAGCAGCGGCCCGCGUGGGAGCUGCUCGAGCAGGCCAGCAGCUCGGGCGAGUGAGCCGGGCCAGGUGGGGCGCUCCAGGAAGGGGCCUAUUUCUCCUCCUAGUUCUCCUCCUCCUCCUCCUCCUCCUCCUUCUCCUCCUCCUCCUCCUCCUCCUCCUCCUCCUCCAAGGCUGCCGCCCUCUCCCUCCCCGCCUCGGCACGUCGCCAGAAAUUGGACUCAUGCGGCCAGCAUCGCGGAAUUGGUGGAGACUCCAAGCAUACGCCCGUUUGCCUGGGGAUUUUUCUUGUGUUGCAACGUUCUUAUGUGCUCAGCCGACGUCGCUUUGAGCCGUAAUCUGCUUUAAUUGUAUGCACGCGUGCCCGCAGGGCGGCGGCGCUGACAGUCCGCAGCCCGCAAAUGACAAGGCGUGCAUCCGUUCUGUAAGAUGUAGGUCUCUCUGGCAGCAGCUACCCCUGCCCGCAAAAGUAAUGCAAGUCCUCGUGCUCACUCUCGUCUUCCGCGACAGCUGCGUUUAAUUUGCAGCUGGUUGCAGGAGCGCCAGGGCGUUGCGCGGGUGUGGCGCGAUGAUUUGCUGGGGCGUGGCCGCAGAGUCGUGGCCGACCCGUGUCGGAUUGUGGCUCGCUUGUGGGGUUGGACUUUUCUGUUGGGCUGGUGACAGGGCUGUAGGCGACUGGGUACUUUGCAUUGAUUUGACGCUUGCUAGCGUAUGUAUUCAAUUUGGCAUGUGUAGGGCGAAUCCUUGUGGACAUAUUCGUUGUCCUCGUCAGCCAUGCUAGCUAGCAGUUGAGCAGACCGCAUGCGCAACCUGGGCAGAACACUGGAGUGCUGCCCGAGACGUAACGAAGGGUAGCUUGUAGAUUUGGCCCUGACCAGUUGCCAAACGUGUCAUUCGUUCACCGGUGCACAGCAGUCCGAC